GUUCCCGCCCCGGCCCCGCCUCCGCCCUAGGCUCACGCGAGCUGGGUGUUUCCUGUCUUUCUUAGUCCGGGUUUGGAGACUCCGGCGUCCUCCGGCUUUUCAUGGAAGAGAUGUCAGGAGAAAGUGUGGUGAGCUCAGCGGUGCCAGCGGCUGCGACCCGCACCACUUCCUUCAAGGGCACGAGCCCCAGCUCCAAGUACGUGAAGCUGAACGUGGGUGGAGCCCUGUACUACACCACCAUGCAGACGCUGACCAAGCAGGACACCAUGCUGAAGGCCAUGUUCAGCGGGCGCAUGGAGGUGCUCACGGAUAGUGAAGGCUGGAUCCUCAUUGACCGCUGUGGGAAGCACUUUGGUACCAUACUCAACUACCUUCGUGACGGCGCGGUCCCCUUGCCUGAGAGCCGCCGGGAGAUCGAGGAGCUGCUGGCAGAAGCCAAGUACUACCUGGUCCAGGGCCUGGUGGAAGAGUGCCAGGCAGCCCUGCAACAGAACAAAGAUACUUAUGAGCCUUUCUGCAAAGUUCCUGUCAUCACCUCAUCCAAGGAAGAACAGAAACUUAUAGCGACUUCAAAUAAGCCAGCUGUGAAGUUGCUCUACAACAGAAGUAACAACAAAUACUCGUAUACCAGCAAUUCUGACGACAAUAUGUUGAAGAACAUCGAACUGUUUGAUAAGCUGUCCCUGCGCUUUAAUGGAAGGGUCCUGUUCAUAAAGGAUGUCAUUGGGGACGAAAUCUGCUGCUGGUCCUUCUACGGCCAGGGCCGCAAGAUCGCUGAAGUCUGCUGUACCUCUAUCGUCUACGCCACCGAGAAGAAACAGACCAAGGUGGAGUUCCCCGAAGCCCGGAUCUAUGAGGAGACCCUGAAUAUUUUGCUCUAUGAGGCCCAGGAUGGCCGGGGGCCUGACAACGCUCUCCUGGAGGCCACGGGUGGGGCGGCCGGACGCUCCCACCACCUGGACGAGGACGAGGAGCGGGAGCGGGAGCGGAUCGAGCGCGUGCGGCGCAUCCACAUCAAGCGCCCGGACGACCGGGCCCACCUCCACCAGUGAGCGGGCGGGGGGACCCCGCCGGCGCCCCGCCCGCCCUGCUCCUCCCUGCUGUGCACUCAGAUCCCCCAAGAGCUCCCGGGCCUCCCACUUCCCCCCGAGUCCGGAGAGACUGCAUAAAAAGCCAGAUGACGAUUUUGGUAUUUCUUGACCAGGUGAAUGGAUUGUGUUUACCCAGGUGAACGCACCCCUGCUAUUGAACAAGCUGGGUCCAAGGUCUCUGCUUUCCUGAGAAUCCGAGAAGCACUGGAGCCAGGCUUUCCUGGUGCUGGAGGAAGAGGAUGAGUGGGUGUGGUGUGUAUGUGAGAACUUGGCUGCAGUAUUUAUUUCUGUGGGUGUUGACUGCCUCUUUGAGCUUCUUGGGUCGCCUUCCCUCCAGGGUUCCGUUGGUCAGCUCUGAGACGGGUCCUGUGGUCGGUGGUCACCAGCGGUGUCUGCGAGCUCAGUGUUUCCUAACUCCACCCCAGCACCCUGGCCCCAUUCCCGCGCCCGGCACAGGCUCCACGGCUUUGCGAACAGCCCAUCCCGCCUUGGGCAUCGAUCCUAGAGCUUGUUGGUGAAGGACCACAGCUUGUAGCAGUGGAGAUACCACCUGGGGGUUCCUGCCUCUCAGCCGCUGUUCCUAGUGUGGCUCUGGAUGCCCAGCUCUGUUGAAGGGGCAGGCCUGUUGCCCCUUCGGCUGAUCUGUGGUCUGGUGCUUGUUGGGACCCCGCAGGGUCUGGCUGAGAGCAGAGCUGCCCCUUCCUCUGCCCUUCUUGUUGACCCACUCCAUUCCAGGAAGGCUGCCUGGCCUGCUUAUGGGCAUAGCGCACAAACCACUGCCCGGUGGGCUCCAUUCCUUCCUCCUUGGCCUUAUGCCCCGUUGAGCGGGGCUUACUGCCCCCAGCGGAUGCCCUGCCCUUUGCUUAGAAGAAAUUAAACACGGCCCCAGUCUCUGUUCUGGCGUCCAGACAGGACCACUGCUCACACCAGCAGCCUUAGGACAGCUCACCUGCUGUCAAUGCAGCCGUCGCCUGGAGAUCCCUUCCUGUCUCUCUGAUUCUUACACAGUGUGGAGUGGCCGUUGGUGAGCAGGCGGAGAGGACGUGCAGAUCCUUUUGGGUCUGGUCAGUGUGCGUGUUCAUGUUUGUUUAAGGGACGUGUGUGACUGUGGAUGAGGAUGUGUGCCCAUGGUGCCUGGGUGGCCCGCGCUGGAGCCCUGCUGUCUGCACGGCGCUCGUGUGGGACGGACGUUCUCGGUUACCUACCUCCCCGUCUCCGCGCCCGUGACGCACAGAGGGAGGGGUGACGAAUGUGGGUGGUUGAGACUAGGCUGGUAGAGUAGUUCCAGGGAGAUUCGGAGGUGUGUAAGGUAUGGAUGGGUUUUGUCUGCUAUUCAAGGGAAACGUUACCAUUUUAUACCAAAGGUAUUAAUACGGGCAGCCUUUGAUACAGUGUAUUCGAACAAAACGAGUUUAUAUUUUGAAAUGGUUUUUACAGCUUAGACUUUGUACAUCCUGCCCUACCUGAGACAGUUGUAUACCUUUAUUUUGUAUCCAGCAGCAAAGCCUACAAUAAAACUUUAAAACAAUCAUGACCCAACCUAAAAAUCAUGUAUCGGGUAGAUGCUUUUUAAACUGUUGUGUGGGAAACUUUCAUAUUAGGCCAUUUGGAUUUUACUAAGUGCUAAGGAUGGGAGGGGAGGGGGCUUAAAUCAUGUUUUGUAAAUAUUUUAUACUGUUUGUUUUAAACAUCAAUCCUGCUGUUUGGGUUGAACUUUUUUAGAAAGUUAAAGUGAAUGUCAGUUCUGAUGUUUUCUGUAGGAAUGGAAAAGCCAUCAUGUAAGUUCUGUUUUUCAAAUGUUUACAUGAAGAGUAACUAACUUUGUGGAACAGUCUGAUUAGCUGGGGCUUCUACACCUUAGGACCAGAUGUUUCUGGCCGUCUCUCUACUUUCACAUUUCCUUCAACUUUGCACUUGUAGUCCGGAGUCUUUGCUUCCCUGGGAUAUGAACAAGUUCAUGAAACAUUCCGUGGUGAGUGAUACUGUUUGUCGUGGUCAGCUCAUGGCUGUAUGCAACUAAGUGUUGGCUGGUCCAGGCUCUGUUAUCAAACAUAUUCUACAAAGAACUGAUUUCUUAUGUGAGCACUGAGGGCGACAAAAUUCAAUAUUUGUAUUUAAGAACCAUCCAAGUAAAACAAACAAACACUGGCCUAAGAUUUGGUGAAGAGCAAAGUUUUAUUACACUGUAAUAACUUACAAGGGAAAAAGCAGAACAGCUUUGGGUCCCUCGUAAUGAGGCUUUUUUUCAAAUAAGUCAUCUGAUGGUGGUGAUUGGGGGCCUUGCCUCUCCAUCGUCCUCCUGUAGUGGCUUAUCAGGGCGGUCGCUGGCCCUCCCUCUGGAAUGUGUGUUCUCUAGGGCUCCACCCAGAGUCACUGUAACACGUGUGUGUCACUAACCUUUCUGUCUCUUUGUGCCGUGAAAAAAAACGCUGUGAGCUUCAGAAGUAGUCACUGUAUGUUGUACAAGCAAUCUGUGGACAUAUGUAAAAUAAAAGUUACAGAACACUUCUACUUAAAUCUGUUUUUCUGGGUCUUUUCAGAAACGCCCAGCACAGUCCAGCCACUGAACUGAAGUGCAGUUCACAGGAAAGAGAGCAGAGCAGAGAUCCCACCU